AUGAGUACUAAAAGUCAGCAUUCUGUUAGAAUUGAAAUACCAAAGUCAAGAAAAAUCUUUGUGAAACUAUUUGAAAGGAGUCUGAAAAGAGAGAAGAAGAACAUGCAAAAAAAAUAUGUAAGUUUAAAGCACUCAAAUUCUAUGUCGAGGAAAUGUGCUUUACCAGAAAUUCAACCAUUAAGUGCAGCACAUUUAAAAAGAACAGAUAUAUUAUUACCUUACAAGUAUUAUUUAAAGAAGCAAGAACACGAAAAACGCCGUGAAAAUUUUAACUCAAACAUUUUUGAAAAGUAUAAAAAUUUGAGCAUCGACUUGAAGAAACGGUGUUAUGUGCACAGUCCAUCAAACGAGAUCCGAACUGUUACAGAUUUCGAUAAAGAUUAUUUCACGAAUAUAAAACACGAAAGAAUCUGUAAAUACACGCAUCAUUACAAGUCUCUCAAAUAUAUGCUAAACGACCAAUCAAGGCUUAAACAAGAUAUUAGUUUUAGGAAAGAUAGUAUUUUUAAUAUUGAAGUAAAUCAUAGAAACGAAGUUAAAACGUACGAGUUAGCUUUGAAAAAGUACAAAGAUGUAGUUAAGAACUUUGAUACUUUCAUUGCUAAAGAUUACCAAAAAUCCAUGGCUUAUUUAAGUCAGUGCGAUGAAAUUGCGAGAAAAGUAAAUGAAAAAGUACAAGAAUUACAAAAUUCAGCAAUGGAAAAUUUCACUAUGAUGUCAACAUUGUUAAAUCUGGAGUAUAUGUACGGUCUUCAAUUGAAAUACGGAAGAUUUUUGUAUUAUCUGUCCUCUCCUACUUGGCGGUUGGAAAAUCGUCAAUUUGCACGAUCUGUCGAUAUUGAAACAAAAGGUUUUGAUUUCGGUAUGUCCAAUGAAAAAGAUAACUUUGACACCAUUUACGAAAAAAUCAGAAAUAAUUGUUAUAACAAUUAUACGAAACCGGUUUUGUAUUUUAGUCAAGCAGGUGACUUGAUGAAUAUAUUUGAUGAUAUAAAGAAAAGGCAACUACAUAUAUUCAAUUAUAUUUUUCAACUACAACCAUUCAUAAAGCUUCUGCAGGAACGCAUCAUUGAAUUAAAACAAUUGAUGAAGCAGGAUACAGAUUCUGUUGCUUCGACUAUAGAAAAAUUUAAUAGUCUUCUACUUUUCAACGAAGAACGGUGUUCGCAAUUAGAAAUGAAAUUCUUUAAGGUUUUGAAUGAAUCGUUUUAUGACGACGUUGGUGCCUUCCAUGUCCUAAAGUUGAAGUCUUGUCUUGAUUUUUGCUAUGAAAAGGUUUACUCUGAAAGACCCUUGAAUUUAGAAAUGAUUACAAUUGCUAAAACAUUGGAGAAUAGUUAUUUUAACUAUUGCAGUCGGAUAGAUGUCAUUCGUAAUGUUACAAUAAGAAAUGCCAUUCAGAGAUGUGAAGAGGUAGAAAAGAAAAAGUUGCAGAGAGCGUACGAAGCGAAUCAAGAGUUACAAAUUUUUAAUCGAUUACAAAAACAUUUGACGCGCGCCUUCGAACCAAAAUACGAUAGUAAAAAUAAAUUGUCGUUACUCCCUAUAGUUUUUAGAAACGAAAAAACAAAGAAGAGAUCUGAAAAGAUAAAAUCAGUAGCGGAACUUAAUCGUCGCUCGUUAACCGAAGCCGAACGCGAGUAUUUAUGUCUAUUCACUGAUUGGACAGAACAUGAGGACCCUGCUGUUUACUUGAAGAGCCUUAGUUUUUCUAAAGACUGAAGAGGUAUUGUAGGCACGAAAUAAACAAACACAUAAUCACAUUUAUUGAAAACAUUUUAUUUACGGGGUCGAUUUGAAAAACGUCUAAGUAUACUCAUAAAACACAAUGUAAUAAAUAUAUAAUACAUAAUUCCAUUAUAACAUUUAUUUAAUUAAAAUAAAUGCUCUAACAACAAAAUUUACAAAUACUACACAUAAAAUGUUUGGUUUCGUGGUACUGAUACUGACGAAUAUCUACUGGAAUUUACAUAUUUACAGGACGAAUAACAUAAAAGGAUAAAAGCAUAAUCCAUUGAUAAUUACAUAGUGUUUACACUUACUUAAUCACUAAUUUUAUUUCUCUAGGAGUAUAUAAAUAAAUACUUAAUACAAAACAUUAUCAUCAAUCGAUUCAUUUCGGUAUUAAGUCUUCAAUUUAAUAAUUGAAGACCAUAUCAAACUGUAUUCCUUAAAUAAAGAAAAAAAUCCUUCUAAAAAAAUUUCAAGCAAUAUUGAGUAUAAUUUAAAAUAAGUUUGAAUAAUUUAUCGAGUAUAAUAUGGACGUUGCGUUGUGACGUCAUCUUAGGAUUUCAGGCAAUGCUCGUUCUUAAUUGUCAUUAAUUCGUAUCUGUACUUAUCGUUUUUAAUGCCAGGAAAUAAAUAAAAAAUGUCGUACAAAUGUUC